AUGAAGUUGCACUACAUUGGCAUAAUCAAGAACCAGGAGAAGCCCGCACACGAGCUAUGCGCCGAGAAGGACUUGAGUGCAUACUCACGAUUCACACGUAACAAUUAUGGGGAAUUCAUGACCCUGUUCAGCAAGACAGUUGCUGAGAGGACUCGACCCGGACAAAGGCAAGAUGUCGAGGAACAAGAUUAUACAUUCCACGCCUACGGCCGCACCGAAGGUGUCGCCGGUAUCAUAAUCUCAGAUCACGACUACCCCGCCCUCGUUGCUCACCAACUGCUGUCGAAAGUCGUCGACGAGUUCCUAGCCAAGCACCCUCGCUCAUCAUGGGCUACUUCAAGUCCUACGCUUAGUUUCCCUGAAUUGAAGGAUUAUAUUGUGAAAUACCAGGAUCCACAGCAAGCAGAUAGUAUCAUGAAGAUUCAGAAGGAGUUGGAUGAGACGAAGAUUGUGCUGCAUAAGACGAUUGAGAGUGUGCUGCAGAGAGGGGAGAAGAUUGAUGAUUUGGUGGCGAAGAGUGACGGAUUGAGCGCCCAGAGCAAGAUGUUUUAUACACAGGCAAAGAAGCAGAAUUCGUGCUGUGUUCUUAUGUAG